GUCUGCAUUUCAGUAGAAAGUGGCGUUGUGAGUGGCAGUCAGUGACAGUAUUUCUGAGAAAAAAAAAAAGAUGGCCAGUGAAGCGCAACGCCUGAUCGGCAUUUCGUUGACGAAGAUCGCGCAGUCGAGGUCGCACCGCGGGGGGGUCAGCCUCCACAAGAACCUCCUCGUGGCGACCGUUCUGCAGAAAGCGCGCUAUAUCUUCAUGGAGGAGGCCUACAACAUGGUGCACUACCAGCCGCCGGCGCCGGUGCAGGCGCGGCCCGUGCCUGAGGAGGAACUCGUGGGGUUGACGGCCGAGGAUGCCGGCUUGGGGGACGACGUGCAGGAGGCGGCCUCCGGCGACGGCUUCGAGGGCUGCGCCAAGUGCCAGGAGAGCCAGAACAAGGAGAACCAGCCGCCGCUGACGUACUUGGACCUGGACAAGCCCAACGUGCUCCGGGAGCGGGGCCACUGCCUGAAGCGCCGGCGGGCCGUGUCCGAGUGGGAGACCGAGGAGGCCGUGCAGUCCAUCCUGCCCAAGCGCUGCCGGCAGGAGGAGGAGGACGACAGCGUGUUCGCGGAGGACGCGGCGACGAGUCUAUCCGACGCCGUCGCCAAGGAGGUGGAGGCGGAGCGCGGCUCCACGAUGGAAAUCGACAGGAUCACGUCGCUGGUUUCCAUCUUCAGCUUCAGCAUGGGCGAGAACAAGCUCAACAGGUCCGUGUCGACGCCGGACUUGUGCUCGGCGCAGGCGAAGGACGCGGACACGCUGCAGCAGCGGCCCUUUCUGGCGAUGACGGUCUAAACGCGGGCCCUUCGGGCCCGGUGGUUGAUCUCUGAACAACGACGUCCGUGUUGUGCUUGUGAUAAGAGGAGUCAGUGGCGGGGAAGAUGCCAGAUUUUGUGAUAGAAUGUUGUAUUUUUUGUGGAGAGGCCUGAAGGGUUCGAGGCGGGCUUUCGACAUUCCAGUUUACCUGACGCAGGUAGUGAGUGACCGGACUCGAAUCCGCAGGGACGUACGUGCUGUAAAUACAUUUCAAGAGGCGGCUCUGUUUUAAGAGACCAUGUAAUUUUAUUCUUGUACAUAUGUCAUACUUAUAUAUUUGAAAAAUAAAAAGUUUUGGAGUA